AUGAGCCAAGCCUCGCAAAGCAGAGUAUUGAUGCAAAGGCACUCUGUUUCUUGGCAGACAGCGUCCAGGCAUUGCUGGCUUUGGGUAGCAAUGUGGGCCUGUUUAUCAGUGCGCAGCCGUCAGCAGCCUGCGCAAGUGGCUGACAUGCAUGUGGUGACCUUGCGAAAGCCCAAGGACCACGUUUGGGCAUGUGCCGCCAGGAGCUGCUGGACCUGGAAGGAGCUGGUGCUGGGCGACGGCCACGAUUUCUUCAUCCCACGGCCGCGCGCCACGCGGCGCUUGGCCUCGUGGUUGCUGAGCACCGCGACGCCUGCGGUGCCGCUGAACGAGGUGGCGAUCUUGGGAAACUGCAAGCGUUUCGACUUGUACUUCGCCUUGGCCCAGCCGAUUGAUGGCCAUCAGCUCUCAACCCAUGUGGCGGAGGCCCUGGGCCGCCAGCUGGCGGCCGAGCGCGCAGAGCGCGGCGGUGUGACCCUUUGGUUGUGGCGAGCGCUGCAGGGUUUCGAUGCGGCGGAGAGGGUGGCGUGGGAGGCUCCAGAGGCACAGAUGGAAGAGGUCGUGCAGCUCUCACGGUCCUUGGAGCUCCGUAGCGGUGGGUGCCGCGUGGCACGCUAUGCGUGCCAGGUGGCGGUGGCGCUUGAGGGGAGGCUGAGGUCUGCCUUUAACCCUUGCUCGGCUCGAGAAGCUCAUAUCAUGCUGCAGCUGAAGCGCAGCUUAGAUGCCGUGACAGCUGACGCCGACGUGCUGGGCGAAGCCUCGCCAUGCGGGCGGCGGCUACAGUUGGUGUGGCGGAUCGCGCUGGAGGCCGGCAAAGCCGUCCGUGCUGCCUUGGACCGCGGCGUCGCGCGGGGGGGCGAAGCAGCAGCGGUAGCAGAGCGGCUCGUUGAAGAGAAGGUGACAAAGUGCAUGGCGAAGCUCGAAGGCUUCAGGCACGGUGCCCGUGUGGCUCACCUCCGUGCCUCGGCUUCACGGCUCCUGGAGAGCGCCAUGGACAACUGCGCGCCAGAGCAGCGGCGCCACGCGCGGAGGAGCCUCCAGCGUCUGCUGCAUGAGCCCAGCUUGGCCCUAAAACGGGGCCUCGAAGCAAAUGAGACGCAGAUCUUGGAGCAGGUGGAGCAGGAGCUUCUUCGAAUCAGGACACUGGCGAUGGUGGGCGGAGGAAAAGUGGUGAGGGCAGGGUGGCAGGAAGGAGGCUGGAAAGACGGCUGCCGAUCUGGGCAGUAUCAAUGGCCCGAGAGCCAAGUGAUCACAGCUCCAAAGCUGAUCCGGAUCAGAUUUGAUGCACUUUUAAGAGGCCUCAGCGAACAGCUGCUUGCCCUGCUACGUGGAGAGGAGGAGCCAAGCCCAAGCUUGGAGGCUCCAAAAAAGCCUCAGACAUUGGAAGGCGUGGAGUUUGGUGGGAUUUUGGAGGCAGAAGUGGAAGGCAGAGGCUCACAUUUCCUCUUUCAACGGCAUGAGGGCAAGGUCUUGGUCUUUCAAGUCGUCGAGGAGGAGGCUCCCUCAAGCGAUUCCUCUACAGGCGUGAAGCUGGCCAACCUUACGAGGCCCUGGAAGGCGGCUGUGCAGGCAAUGAGCGAUGGAAGUGCGAGUGGCAGCUCCAGUGAGGCAGCGAUCUUGGCAGUUUUUCCGGUUCCUGUCUUGGGCGAGAGAGUGGAAAUCACAACGGACCUCACAUUCGUUUCGAAAGAAUACUCCACGUACUUCUUCUCUGACGCCAAGUACGGUGUUGGUCGCCUCUGGGUGUCCUUUCCGUGA